AUGUAUCAGAGCCAGAAGACUGCAGCGGCAAUGAGAUGGCAUGCUGAAAACCAUGCAAAGGAGGGCAAAAUGUGUCAUCCCUGUGAUGCUGCAGAGUGGAAAUAUUUUCAAGAUCUACAUCCCCAAUUUGCUGAAGAACCCCGUAACGUGUAUCUUGGGUUAUGUACAGAUGGAUUCACUCCAUUUGGCAUGUCUCGUAAUCAUUCAUUAUGGCAUGUGAUCUUGACUCCUUAUAAUUUACCCCCUGGUAUGUGCAUGAAGACUGAGUACUUGUUCCUCACAAUACUGAAUUCUGGGCCAAAUCAUCCGCGUGCUAGUCUCGAUAUCUUCCUCCGACCUCUUAUCGAGGAGUUAAAAGAAUUAUGGUCAACUGGAAUCGAUGCAUACGAUGUAUCUUUGCAGCAGAAUUUCAAACUAAAGGCUGUGCUGAUGUGGACGAUAAGCGACUUUCCGGCGUAUGGCAUGUUGUCAGGAUGGACGACCCAUGGUAGAUUGGCUUGUCCAAUUUGUAUGGACGAUACAAAGGCAUUUUAUCUGCCUAAUGGAAGGAAGACGUGUUGGUUUGAUUGUCAUAGGAGGUUUCUCCCUCAUGGUCAUCCAUUACGAAAGAAUAGAAAAGACUUUUUGAAGGGUAGACACGCUAUAAAUGAGUCACCAACACAGUCUUUGACAGGUGAACAAGUUUAUAGUGAGCGAAUAGAAACUGUCAAUCCUGCAAAAACGUCUGAUUGCGGUGGAAACGGUCAUGAAAAAAAGAUGCCCGGAUAUGGGAAGUGGCAUAACUGGCACAAAGAAAGUAUAUUUUGGGAGUUGCCUUACUGGAGGGACCUCAAUCUCCGACAUAAUCUUGAUGUGAUGCAUAUAGAGAAGAAUUUCUUUGAUAACAUCAUGAAUACUCUAAUGAGUGUUGCGGGUAAAUCAAAAGAAAAUAUCAAGUCAAGGUUGGAUAUAGAACGAUUUUGUGAUCGGGCACACUUACAUCUUGCUGAAAAUGGUCAAGCUCCUUUUCCAGUAUACACAUUGGAAGAAGCUGAUAGAAGAAGAUUAUUGGAAUGUGUGAAAGGGGUACAAUUUCCUGACGGUUAUGCGUCAGACUUAGCUGCUUGUGUUAAUAUAGAAAGAGGAAAGCUUUCCGGUAUGAAGAGUCAUGACUGCCAUGUUUUUAUGGAACGGCUACUUCCAUUUAUCUUUUCAGAACUCUUGGACCGUAAUGUCCACCUAGCAUUAUCAGGAGAACACUACACCGAUGCAUCUGAUGAAGCUGAUUUUUACGGGAUCUUAACUGAUAUCAUACAACUAGAGUAUGAGGGGAUGGCAAAUUUGAAAAUCACACUUUUCAAGUGUGAGUGGUAUGACCCUUUAAUUGGUAGAGGCACUCGAAUGAGCAAUGGUGGUGUCGUUGACGUUCUUUCAUCAAGAAAGUACAACAAAUAA